AUGGGGUGGCUGUGUGCUGGCCCUGCCGUGAUUCGCGAGUCUCCCGGAAGACGACAACCUGGACGCUUUGACAGUGUGUAUGUGUAUGUGUAUGUGUGUGUGUGUGUGGUGUGUGUGUGUGUCUCUCUCUCUCCCUUUUGGAAUUUCUCUCUCUCUCUCUCUCUCUCUCUCUCUCUCUCCUCUCUCUUCUCUCUCUCUCUUGUUUUUUUCUUCUCCAUGUCUUCAGACGUGGUUCGCAAUGGCUGGCUCAUCAAGAGCCCCCCACCCGGCGCCCUCAAGGGCUGGAAACGUCGCUUCUUUCGCUUUCUUCGCGCUACCAACGCCGGGAAGGCACGCAUGGAAUACUACGUUGAUCCCGGAGACGUACAGCGUUCCAUGCCCAAGGGUAUUAUCAAUCUCUCUGACUGCACUACGGUGGAAGAAGGCCCUUCCGAAGAGCGCCGCAUGAAGUUUUUCUUUCGCAUUGUCCUGCCACAGCGCACCUACGUUCUUUGUGCCGAGAAUCGCUUGGAGCGCGAUGAUUGGAUCAAAGAUCUUCGUGAGGAGCUCUUUGCCAAAGCCGUGGCCACACCGCCUGCUGCAACGCCCGCCCCCACCCCGGCACUUCCGUCCAACCCCGCCUCGCCCGCGCACAGCUCCCGCAACAGCGCUAGCAGCGGCUCCCAGCUUCCUGGCCACAGCGUUCGCCAGCCACCUCCCACUCCCACACCGUUUCAGGGCCAGCCGGCCUCCUCGCCAUCCAAGGAUCACGGUGCCAGCCGUCCUCAGCCCAAGCCCGUGGGCCCGGAUAACUGGCUCUACGGCAAGAUUAGUCGACAAAUGGCUGAAGACCUGCUGGCUGAUUAUGGUCACCAGCAGGGCAUGUUCAUCGUUCGAGAAUCGAGUCAAAGGGGGUCGCAUGCCGUGACGGUCGUGCACCAGGGCCGGGUCAUUCACCACCUGGUCACUCAAACUGCGGGAGGGCUGUACCUGCUUAACAACCAGCCGUGUGGCUCCUGUGCCUCCUUGGAGGAGGUGAUCGACUUUCUCGGCACCCCACAUAGCACACCAGUGCGCUGGAAGUCUGCCCUCAUCAUCAGCCCCCUCGAUUUUGAUAAGAACCUCCUCUCGGGUGGUGCCAACAAGCGACAGUCCACUGCACUACCCGCCUACACAUCCUUGCCCUUGCAGUCGGAGACUGAGGCCCCUCCUAGCCCCUCUGCUGCAACUAGCGUACCCGCGAGCCCCGCAGCUUGUCUUGCAGCCAGUCUCCCCCGCCCCACCAAUCGGCCCUCCCACUCUGAGCAAGUUUAUUCGUGCCAACUCUGUGCUACCGAUGGCGCGCGCCGACUGGGCAUCACUGCCAACAUGCGUUGUGAUGUCCGUGUGAUCGGUCGCGACUUUGCCGUCCUCAAUCCGGCCAACAGCGUCGAGCUUGCGAGUUGGAACGUCAUUGGCGUGCAAAGCGUCUGCGCCACCCCAAAACAAUUUGAGUUUGUUAUUGUUGGCUCGCAACCCAAUCCAGGGCACUUUUGUUUGGAGACCACCGAGAGUCAAGCCAUCCUUGCCGCCCUCAAGCCUUUCCUGCCACCCUCGGCCAUCCGGCCUUCAAACUCCGCGAACGUCGUUGAACCGGGCUUUGAGCUCAUGAGCUCAGCGCUAAAUGAUGACGACAGCGAUGACGAGCGUGCUGUUCAAGACUACCAAUGGGAUAACCAUGGCGUCGAGGAGCCACCAGCGCCGGCCCUUCCUAGUCGCACCGUGUCAGCUGAACCCAACAAUGCGGCUGUCCCGCCCCUACCUCGUCGUGAUGCCAAGCGUCAGUACCCGGGCCUUCCGACGAGACGACGCCAGGAGGUCGGCCUGCAGCCUCGCGGGUAG